AUGCACACCACGCCGAAUCCGGUGCGUCGGGGUGACUCAUGACCGGCGUUACGUUUGCUGGCCGGCGCCGGAGCAUUCUUGAAAAUGGGUGCACUGCAACCCACUACUCGGAGAGCACAUGUCUUGAUUAGGUGUACACAACAAACGUCAACGACCACUCGUUCAUAACAAUACCACAUCCGUGCAUGUGAAUGCAAGCGCGUGGUCGAGAUCAAACCUCAGCUGGGUCGUCGUCGGUGGACCGGUGCGCUUGCACUUCGCAGUGUUUUAGCCGUACCGCAAGGUCAUCCAGCUCCUGGCCAACGUGCGAGCCAUUUUCCUCGAACGUCCUACGGUCGACUAUACCUUUGGACUCGGCAUCAUGUUUGAAACGACAUACCUCGUCAUGAUGACUCGACACGCCUUCUAUGUAGCCGAAAUCACCGAUUGCUGGACGACAAACUUCCCGACGAUGGCAGCGAUCAUCAAUGUCCUUCUGGAUCUCGACGGCCCUUCCGCUGACCUCUCAAGAUAUUUCGACUAUAGCUACCUCGUCUCCACUUCGAUCAUGACCGUGAAUACGCCCCACGGGUACGCGGAAAAGGCUGUCAAUCAAAGUUUCUUCGGCGGCGAUGCUCGUGACCUGCCAAGCAUCUUCGACGGGCGCGACCAGCUCAUCCCCGUCACCCGAGUCCUCGCCCGCAGCAUAAACCUGCCCCACCCUACGAAAAGCGACGUCCUUGUCCUUUUCAACCUACCUCGGUUCGGGUCUGGGCGGUCCUCAAGGGAUGCCGAUCGGGUUGCACGCCUCGUCGGUCGAGAAAGCUCCUUACCGACGGCAGUCUGGUUCGAAUGCCGCUUCGCUCGCGACCCGGAUUCUUGCGAGCUCGACAGAGAAGUCGGGGCGUACGUUACCAGGCUACCUCUUAGCAAUGUCACCAAAGAAUGUUUGGCACUCGUUGUGCAUGGCUUCAAUCGGGACCCUGAUACCCCCUACCUCUGCCCACUUGGUGAAAGCGACGAAUUUGCGCCGAGACGGCGCGUCGACUUCUUAACGCUCGCAGCGCCGCAUCCCACGCCUUGCAUUCUCGCCCACAAACCAAAACCUCCGACAUUACGCGAAUGGAUUUUUUAUUUCUUUCGAGGUGUCUACAAGAUGUCGUCUUUGCGCUGGCAAGUCACGAAGUAUACCAUGGUGCGAUAG